UGCGCUGACCACUUUAUUACUUCCUAAAUUUAUUAUUUUAUCAUUUGUGUGUCCAUGAAACGCAUGCUUUAACCUUUAGCGGUCGUAUGUCGAGCGAGACUCGACUAAUGCAUUGAAAUCAAAAAAUUUGGACAGCGAAAGCUCAGAGGUUAUCACUGAACUAUUAACAGCUUUAAACAACGAAUGGGAAAUAUAUAGACAAUAUCAUUGACUAAUAAAAUAUAAAUAAUUCGUUAAAUUUAAACAUGGCAUCCUCUAUUGAUGAGAUAUUCGACGAUGAAGAUGAUUUGUCAGAGGGCACUAAUGAACUUUAUGGUAUUCGGGAUGGUGUACUGUUUAUAAUUGAUACAACUACUCCAAUGUUUGAAAAUGAUCCACAUGAGGGAAUUCCAUAUUUUGUGCAAUGCAUAAGGCAAUACAUAGAGAUACUUAAGCAGAAGUUGGUUUGGAAUAGGCAGGAUUGGAUGGGUUUAAUACUGUUCGGUACCAAAAAAUGGGACGAAGAUUCUAAAAUCAAACAUGUGUUGACUCUUCAGAAAUUAAAUCUUGUUUCUGUAGAUAACUUAAAAGAAGCGAUAAAGAUUGAAGGAGGGCAAUGGCAAUAUUACAAAGAUAUCGCUUCAUCUACUGCUUAUCCGCUACACGAUGUAUUAUGGCAUGCAGCACGAGCAUUUUCUUCUAUAGAUGUAACUAUGCCAAGACGUAGAGUAAUUUUUUUUACGUGUCAAGAUGAUCCCUGUAUGACGAAUAACGAUGAGAAACAUCGAAUAAGAGUGAAUGUAACGAGUUAUAGUGACCUUGGAAUUCAAUUAUUUGUUGUCGGUCUGAGUGACAAUUGGAAUCAUGAUUUGUUUUAUAAAGAUCUAGAAAUAUUAUCAACAAAAAUUGAUACCGACGAUUACAAAAGAACUUCACUAAAAGAUCUAGUGGAACAGGUAAAAUUACCAUGUAGAAAUAUGGCAAAGCUACCUUGGAGACUUGGAGAAAAUGUGACUAUAGAUGUAUCAAUUUUUAAUCUUUCCGUUAAAACACAAUAUUUAAAGAAAGAAUGGAUAAGCAAAAUAGCCAAUACUCCUUUAACUUCGCAUUCAUACUACAAGAUAGCGAACGAUGACAUUGAAGACGAAGAGAACGAUCGCGUACCAACGCCCAUUUUAGAAACUGAAAUUCAGAAAUAUCAAGAAUUUGGUAAUAAGAAAAUCUGUUUUACGUUAGCCGAAGUGAAAUCAUUGAGUGCAAUACGAGAACCAGGCAUUGAUUUAAUUUGUGUAAAACCUAUUUAUUAUCACCCUUUGUACCAUUUUGGCCAACCAUAUUUCGUUGCACCUGCUAAAAGUAAUCGUAAAGAUAACAAAUUAUUAUUUGGUGCAUUUAUAAAUAAAUGUGAUUCAAGGAAUUUAAUGUUAGUAUGCUCAGUAACGAUGAGGAAACAUUCUUCACCAAAACUUUAUACUAUGAUACCAAAUACGAAGAAUGGAGGAUUUUAUUUAUAUCGAUUACCAUUUAGAGAACAUGUUCGAAAACUUGGUGAAUUUUCUUUAAAAUACAUGUAUGACAAUAACGAUAAUAAACCUCCAGCUGAUUCAAAAAAAGUUGAACUAUUACAAGCAAUGAUUAAAAGAUUAAGAAUUCAAUACGAUCCAACACUUUUCUCAAAUCCGAAACUUCAAGCUCAACUUCAAACUGUAGAGACUUUGGCCUUAGAUUUGGAGCAACGUGAACCCCUGCCCGAUGAUACUCUUCCAAGGGACGAUGAGAUGCGCGAACUAGUAAAAGAUUCGUUACAUAAAUAUAACGAAAUACUUAACGAAGAAGUAGAGGGUGAGGGUGUAUCUGAUGCGCCAUUGGCAAAAAAAAGAAAGCAAAAUAGCGAAGCAAUUGCAAAACCUGCAGCAUUGGAUAAAGAAUCGAUUCGAAAACUUGUAGAACAAGGAAAGAUAAACAGUGCUACUGUACCACAGUUAAAAUCCAUGUUAAAAACCUUGGGUGGAAAAGUAUAUGGUAGGAAGGAAGAAUUAAUUAAUAGGAUUCAAGCAGCCAUAGAUUUCGAUUAAUAAAUAAGUUCUUUGUAUCUCUUAUUAAUUUUGUAUUAUUUAUCUCUAUAAAAAUAAAUAUAUUUUGUAACAUGUUUCUAAUAAAAAGUGCCAUA